CCGCCGGCGGCGAGAUUUUUCCAUACUUGCCCACGGUCUUAAAUCCUGUCCUACAUUGUCUCAUCUGGUGUAUACCACAUAUAAGACCGCCCAUUAUUCAGAGAAUGUCUAACCCCACUUUACACGCUAAACCAUGGCGUAUAAUUAUGCCAAAGCCUUUGGUUGGAAUUCGGUCGCCGCAGCAGCAGUAUUCGCUGCCCUGUACUCCGCUCUUGCGCUUUAUUUCGUGGCCAAGAUAAUCCAGGAAAGGAGGAAGGUCCUUUUCACUAUGACCUUGUUUUGCACCAUCCGAGUUGCUGCAUUCAUCAUGCGUGCCAUCUCCGCGGGCGUUGCCAGUGCGGGGGAUAACGAGGGUGUUUUCAUCGCAACAGAAGUUCUUUUCUCUGUCGGUUUCUUUGGGCUACUAUACGCUACAUAUAGUCUCGUUAUGGAUAGGCUCGACUUGUGCGACAACGACGAUACAGCAUCUAUCCCUACUCCUAUCAUCGGAAACCUCCUACGACUCACUCGUAACCGUCGUCUCUUUCGUACGGCCUUGAUCGUCCCCGUGGCUCUGGGUAUUGCUGGUAUCAACUUAGCAAGCAGUAAUCCAACAAGCAGCACUGGGACGUCUUUGCGAGAAGCCAGCGCCAUUAUCUUUCUCAUCCUCACUGUCUUCCAAGUUUUCCAAACCCUCGUUCUUAUUAAAGCCGAACAUGAAGGAAAAGACUCUUUAAAAUCCACCUUCACCUCGUUUGGCACCAAACACGCUUCCCUCCUUUUCGGAAUCAUCUCGCUUCUCCUACUCGUCAGGGAGAUAUUCACCGUCGUGACUAUAAACAAUAUCGCCGAAGCUAAUAAUGAACAUCUAUGGUAUCCCCUCAUUGCGUUGCCGGAAAUUUUAUGUGUACUAGUGUACACUGUUCCUGGAGUUAUCCCUCCGAAAGGAUAUUCUAUUGAUUUACCUAUUCCUCAGGAUAGGGAUCGAUCGAAAUUGUAGGGAUGAGCUCAGCGGUUACUUUUCGUUGGAUAUAUGUAUUUCUGCAGUGUUAAAUACAUACUACACAUAUUGUUUUCUGAAUAUAACUGUGGAAGGCACCGGUGUAGAUGUUGACGAAAAUAUCGAUUGGCUUGAAGUGGUGGGAACAACAGCAAAUGGCGUAC